AGUUGCCAUUGUUUAAUUUAUAUCACUGAUAUACGUUACCGCUAGCGGUAGCCGUUGCCCGUUGGUAACUUGGAAGUUGAACUUGAACCACGCACACGACAGUCACGAAUAGUCGUCUGUGCUGCUAUACCAUCAUGGAGGACUGUUGCGCCUGUCUUUUGUGUUGCUGUGAAACGAACUGCUGUGGAAUGUGUGAGGAUGGCAGCUGCUGUUGCAGCUGUCUCGAGUGUUGUGAAUCGUUUUGCAGUCAGCUGUAUCUCUUUUGUUUCUGCAUGUCAGCAGGAAGGGAUGCGAGAGCGAACUUAAACUCCAAGGGAAAAGCGAAACCUCAGAAGAAAGAAGAAGAAAAACCGGAGAACUUAGACCACACGAUAACGGAGGAGUUGGAGGCGGAGGUGCGGGAGGUAAAGACGACCUCCUCCUCCUCCACCCCCUCGCCCUCUCCCUCCUCCCAGGCCGUGAUAACGAAGCAACCAGUUCGUUAAACUUGUUUCGACUUAUUUCAGGGUCGAUUUGCCGCGAGAUAUCAUUAUUUCUCAUCGUCGAAUUGGAGUCGUCAUUAAGGUAUCCCGUUAGAGCGUCUUGAUUCAACGUGGCCGCUCUGUGAAUGAGAGAGAGAGAGAGAGAGAUAUUAACGUUGUUCAUAUUCACGCUCACUUUCUGUGGUUCAUUUUUAAUUCAGCAUUCACUUUUUAUUUUAAUCUCUUGUCCCGAACAAAAGCUUAGGUUUUUGCGUGUCAUACUUUACUGUUAAAAGUCUGAUAUAUAUAAUAGAUUGUAUUCAUUGUAAUCGUGAUGUUUUGAAUUUUAAUCCUUGAAUUAUUGUUGUUUAUGCCUUUGUUACUUUCUGUACAUUUACCUGAAAAGGCCAUUCCUAAACAUAAUUUUUUAAGCACUCAUAUCACAUGCUAAUGGUUAUUGUACUUUAUACAUAAACAUUGAAAUCAUUAUGAAUAUUGUUAUUUUGUAUAUUUCUGUUAUCGUCAUUGUCAUCAUCAUAUCAUCAUCAUCCUCAUUGUUAUCAUCAUCAUCAAUCAUGAAUAUUUGCUCAGGACAUCCCUCUAUUUUGUUAUGAUAGAUUCAUUCCAAUGUUAUUUUGAGAAUCUCCAUAAUAAAGAUAUUCCAUUUGUAACA